AUGUAAUUAAGUGGUUCUGUAUCCACAAUUUAGCAUUGAGCAUGUCGAAGAGGAAUUUCAUUCUAGGAAAAAUAAUUGUGUUUUAUUUUUUGCAGAGUACAUGUUCUAUGGACAAUUGCUUCUUCAUUCUAGCAAAUGGAAAAUGCUGUGAACAUUAUGUGAGGAUCAGAAACACCAAUAACUGCAAACCAUGUCCUGAUGGCUAUUCUGGGGAUUCUUGUCACAUCCCGUGCCCCUUCCCCUCGUAUGGUCCCAAUUGUCAACAGCAAUGUCACACGUGUUUUGAAAUGUCAUGCGAUCACGUUCAUGGCUGUCCAAUAUAUUCCAGUUCAAGGAAGAAAAUAGGAAACGCUACUGUAACAACUUUUAAGAUGGAACAAACUACUCUUAGUCUGAACGAAGAACACCCCAUUUCCAACAGCACAGACAGAGGAAACAGGAAACUAACAGCGUCUCGACAUAUCAUGGUUGCCAUUCUCUGUUUGACCAUUCUAGCAACUUCCGGUUUUCUUAUCAAACUGACGAUGAAUUAUUUUAACCCUUGUAAGAAACUUUAUGAAAUCGCUUAAUAAGGGCAUAUCAAUCAAAGGAACUCUGAAAUGUAUUAUUGCUAAAUCGAAAACGAUCCAUUUGCGUAGUUAACACAAGAUGAAAUUAAUAUUUAUCAAAUAUUAACCACCCCCCC